UUUAUCAACUACAACACUGCCACCCACUAUCAACUACGCUAUACCACCGCCACCAUCAAUUAUGUUGCUUGAACUAUUGUAGACAACCACCACUUGCAAUAGCAACAAUAGCAAUCCUCUGCACCACCGUCACUACCUGCUCCCUACGACAAUAACACCAACCACAACAGUUACAAUAAUCUCUUUUUUUUUUUCUCUAUAUCUCUUCCUCUUUUAAAAUUCGAUUCAACUCAACAUCUAACAAUCAAAACCAAUCUCUCAAAAUCAUGAACUUACAUACCCAUCUUAUCUCUUUCUAUUUCCAAUUUAUUAAAACAAAAUAAAAAUAAAACUUUGAGAAAAGGAAACAAACUGAAAAGAAAAAGAACUAAAAUAUCAAAGAAACAGCCUGUUGCCAUCGUUGGUGGUGGUAUUGGGUUUAUUCAAUUUCAUGGUGGGUUUACUCAAUUGGUUGUUGGUGAUACACUGUAACCACCACUAUCACCACCAUCAAAGCAACAAAUGUGUGCACCGCUAUCUUCAUUUAUUUUCCAAAAUAAACCGAAAAGAAAAAGAACCCAAAAUCAAAGAAACAGACUGUUGCCACCGUCGUCACUUCGCUCAUAUGACUUGGGUCUUCAUCCUCACCAUGCAGCCUCAGCCGCCGCCAUCAUUAUCGUCCAUUGUUGUUGCAGCUUUAACCGCUGCCAUCAUUGUCUCAAUCGUUGUCUCCCCUACUACUAUCGAUUUGGUUUUUCAAAUUUGUCUAUAAAUUUGAAUAUUUUUUGUGUGGCUAUGAUAUGGUUUGGGUAGAGUUUAUUUUUCUUUUCCUAGUACUAGUACUAGGAUUUGAUUUUCUUUUAUUAAUGUGGGUGGGAUUUUGUUUUGGUAAAGUUUGAUUUUCUUCUAUUUUGGUAAGAUUUUAGUGGAUAGAGUUUAUUUGUUUGCUAGAAAAGUGAGAAAAAAAAUAUGAAAAAGAUAAUUUAUUUAUUUUUGUUUUAUUUAGUCUUUUAAGUGUUUUUAAUAAAGCAUGUAUAGCUCACUCUCCAAAAAAGGAUUAAAAUGACUCAUAUUUGUUAAGUUUUGAGCUAAAAUGGUCAGAAAAGGCCAAAAGAGGUGAUUUGAACUUCAAUAAUAAGUUCAGGGGCCAAUUUGAACCUUAUUCCUAUCUAAACAACCGAUCUCCACGCGAUUUACCGAGCCGAGCUGCUGGUUUUCACUCUUACACAAGUAUCAUCUGCUCGAGUCCCAUUCACUAUACUGUUCCACACAUCAAAAGAGCAAAGAACUGAGCUCAUAACACGAAGGUGGUGGCGAGCGUCGACGAGUUGAGCCAAUAUCCUCUUCACUGUACCUUACUGACAGAUGGUGGCGAGUGUAGACGGCUUCCAUAAGGCGGCGCUGCUUCUUGCAAUCCUGCCUUGUGUCUUCAUUGUAAAAUUAUAAAGUUCUCCACCUUUAUUAUAUUGACUGUUGAGUCGCUGUAAGCCAUCGUCCAGCUACAGACUCUGAACUAUUUGAAAACAAAGAAUCGGAUUGAAGAGGGCAGAAGCAAAAGUGGGAAGAGCCACCCACUUGAAUUAUAAUUUUUGCUUUUGAUUGCGUUCAAGGUGUUUGAUUAUUUGCCAAAGUGGGCACUAUUAUUUGCACACAAGAUGGUUGCAAUUUUUCACCUGAAGUGCAUCUAGUUGCAGAAUGGCAUCUAGUAAUUUUUUGUGGAGUUUGGCCAAGAAAUACUUCACAGUUGGGCUUAUAGGGAUCACAAUUUCAGACCGAUAUGCCAGUAUUGUUCCUGUGAGAGGCGUUUCCAUGUCCCCCACCUUUAAUCCCGGGACCAGCACAUUUUGGGGAUCAUUCAUUGAUGAUUGUGUUCUGGUGGAAAAGUUUUGCCUUGAGAAGUACAGGUUCUCACAUGGUGACGUGGUAGUUUUUCGGUCACCAAGUAAUCACAAGGAGAAACACAUAAAGAGAAUUAUUGGCUUACCAGGUGACUGGAUAGGAACUCCUCAUGCAUAUGAUGUGGUUAAGGUUCCAGAAGGGCAUUGUUGGGUGGAGGGAGAUAACUUGCUUUCCAGCAUGGAUUCGAGAUAUUUUGGCCCGGUUCCUUUGGGGCUAAUAAGCGGAAGGGUUACCCACAUUGUAUGGCCUCCUCAAAGAAUAGGAGAGGUCGAGAAAAAAAUCCCUCAAGGAAGACUUUCUUCCUCCUAAUUGAAAUUCAGAUACUGAAUGAAUCCCCUUUUUGUGUGGGAGUAACAAGGUUGAUUUUUGCUUGCAGCAUUCUUUUAUCGGUCACAGUUUACAGUUUGACUAGGUUUCAGAAUUAAUGAUGUUCCACACUCUCAUAAGUGUUUUUAAUUAAUGUCAUCUCUUUUUUUAUUUAUUAA